AGUCAGCUGUUGGAGUGUGUCGGGGUGUGAUGUGUUCUUAGUCCUCGUUUCAUCAGUGGUUUUUCUCACUGAAUUAUCAAACAUGGAGUUUAAGAGCGGGGUCUUCAAUGCAGCGAGAGAUGGUAAUCUACGCAGAUUAAAGGUACGAACUCAUUGCAAUUGGCUCAAACUGAUCUAAUAAGAAGUGAGAGAAAUAUUGGCGAUGCGGUAAGAACAAAAAAAUGUGGAAGAACAUAUGCUAUUAGACCUUCGUAGCCGCAGUGAAGUGGCCCGUGUUGUGAGUGCCAGAACAAACGGCGCAACGCCGCUGGUUAUGGCAGCUAAGCACGGACACAAGAACUGUGUAGAGUACCUGGUUGGACGCUGCGAUGCAGACAUUGAGCAGGUGGGCUCAGUUGUUUUUGAUGGCGAGACCAUAGAUGGGGCUCCUCCUCUGUGGUGCGCUGCAGCAGCUGGCCACCUAGACAUUGUUGCCUAUCUUCUUUCGAAAGGCGCCAACGUUAAUGCCACAACGAAGACCAACUCCACCCCCCUCAGAGCGGCUUGCUUUGAUGGACACUUCGACAUUGUUAAAUAUCUUGUAGAGCACAAGUCAGAUAUUGAAGUUGCAAAUCGCCAUGGACACACAUGCUUGAUGAUUGCUUGUUACAAGGGUCACUUUGAAAUUGCCAAAUAUCUCAUAGACAUUGAUGCUAAUGUUAACAGAAAGAGUGUCAAAGGAAAUACAGCUUUACACGAUUGUGCGGAAUCAGGAUCUCUAGAAAUAAUGAAGUUAUUACUGGAUCAUAAUGCCAAAAUGGAUGUGGAUUCGUAUGGAAUGACACCCUUAUUAGCUGCCAGUGUAACAGGUCAUACGCACAUCGUAGAAUAUCUCAUUUCUAGAACAGAUCUCAUAUUAAAAAAGGACAAAAUAGAUGCAUUAGAACUUCUUGGAGCUACUUUUGUCGACAAGAAGCGGGAUAUGCUUGGUGCUCUUAGAUUUUGGAAAAUGGCCAUGAGUGAAAGGUAUGAAAAUGGUGUAAUGGUUUACCCCAAGCCAGUACAACAGUCGCCAAUUGCUGCAUAUGAGAAUUCUGUAGAAGUUACGACACUACAUCAGUUAGAAGAAAUUAUUUCUGACCCUGAUGAAAUGAGAAUGCAAGCGCUUCUUGUAAGAGAAAGAAUACUAGGACCUGCACACCCAGAUACGAGUUACUAUAUUAGAUAUAGAGGUGCUGUUUAUGCAGAUACUGGUAAUUUUGAUAGAUGCAUAACACUUUGGAUGUAUGCUUUAGAUAUGCAGCAGAAAAUUCUUGAACCAUUAAGCCCGAUGACACAGAGUUCCUUUGUGUCAUUUGCCGAAUUAUUUUCAUUUAUGAUGAGUGAAGCCAAAAAUCGUGGCAGGAGGGUACCAGUGGUAAAUUUCUGUGAUAUGAUGCGUGUUUUUGAAAAAUGUAUGAGAGAAGUUGAAAUAGGAAUGUCCCAACUGAACAAAGUCAACGGAUGUGGUAGUAUAUUAGCCAGUGGAGGGGAAAGAGAUACCACUUACUUCCAUCGUACUUUAGUUAUAACAAUGCAUUUAGUAUGUUUGCUAACAAAGCUAGGUCCUGGUUUAUCUUCUCUUCAGCGAUAUACAAUGAGAAAAGCUGUAUAUGAACUAGUGCGACUGAAUCCUAGAGGUUCGGGAGGCGUAACACCUUUACAUUUAGCAUGUUCAAGGGAUUCUUCAGCAACAGUUGGUAGAUUUCCUAUCUGUACUUUCCCGAGUAUGGAAGUGGUAAAUCUCUUACUUGAGGUUGGUGCAGAUCCAUGCGCAAUAGAUCAUCAGGGUAACACGCCCCUCCAUACCCUGGCAAGUAACAAACAGUGUCGUAGAGAAAUAUUGAAUGCUCUUCUCCUUGCUGGUGCUCAUUUAGAUACUCUCAAUAGAUCGGGUCAGAGUUUUGGUUCGCUGCGAGCUUCACGUGGGCAACGGAUCCAUCAGUUAAUUAACCCUUUACAACACACCUCUCUACAGUGCCUAGCUGCUGCAGCUCUUCGAAGACAUGGCCUUUCAUAUAAAACAGUCUUACAUCCUCGACUAUCACAAUUUGUUGACCAUCACUGAUCCUUAGUGUAAAUAGCUGCAGUAGGAAUAUCCAGCUUCUUGUAUAUAAAAUUAAUAGAUAAGCAUGUGUACAGUAUAUGUAUAUGCACUGAUAUAUAUAUAUAUAUACAGAACUAUCUUUACAUUUGAGUAAAGGCAUUCGUAGCCAUUGUUGACCUGGUGAUGAAUAACAUCACCUCCAAGUGGCAUUAUAAUGUAAGUGACCCUUCCAGCUUGUGAUUAUCACGUCAUGAUUGGGAUUCGCAUUCUUUUCUGCAGGCUUCCUGUGCUUUCUAGAAGUCUUCUCUGUUCUGAAGGUCAAGGAAUUCAGUUAAAGUUUUGUACAUGUGAAUUCUUAAAUGUUUCAGCGAAUACAAUACAGUGUUAUCAGUAAGUUUAACUGGAUUCUUAAGUUGGGUACUGUUGCAUGAUAAGUUUGCCUUAACUGGUUAAGAGUAAACUGGAACUAAAGUUAUCAGGAUAAUGCUGGAUUUAAAAUUUUGAAAAAACAUUGUCAUAUUGCCAACAAUGUUCCAAAUUCAUUAGAUUUUUAGUCAUUCAUCAUGACGACCCAGUUGAUGUUAUUAUUGUACUUCUUUGCUGAAAUUCUUGUGACCAAGAUGUGUGAAGGCUUGAGGGACAUUAGAAGCAGUGAGAAUUUAAGGGCGCCAGUCUCAAGUUGUCCAUGGCAGCAGUGAUAUUCAGGAAAUUAAAGUCUUUUCAGCAGCAUUAAGAGUGCAACAGGUGCUUUGAAUGGCUCGAAUAAUAUAACUGGUAGGAAAACGCAGUGCUGCGAAUGACACUACAUUUGCAAGUUUGUGUAUUCAGUGUUAAUGUCUCUUCUGAUUCAUUAUGGAUACAUGUCAAAGUAUUUGCACCAUAUUCCCUUUGCUCUUCAAUUUUAGAAAUUGCCUUUCUUAAAUAAUAAGGUGCUAUCUGUUUAUAUGUCAAAAGGUUAAAUACAGUAAUAUUGAAAAGAUGCAUUAUACAAGGGAUAUAGCAGAUGCUUUAGAUGUUAAGAAGUUACAUUGAAGAAUGUCUUAAAUCUUGUCAUUUAUUACAGAAUUGCAUACAUUAAUCACAGAAUUGCAUUGUGCUGUCAUUUAUUUUCCCAGCCACAGAAAGGCUGGUAAAAAAAGAGCCAGCAAAUAAUGCAAUGACAUACCAGUCUUACAUAUCCUGAAGAGGGUUUGUUAAAGCUGUAGUGGCCUGAAAUAACAAUGACAAACAUUGGAUUUUCGUGUUCCUCACACAGUUGGUUUAUCUGUGAUAAAGUUUAUAUUGUUGGUGUGCUCUAUAUUAGUAUAGUAUUUACACAAUUUUGUAUGAGGAAUAAUUUUCUUUUGAGAAUUGUGCUUAAAGUAGGCCAUUGUUUACAAAGCAGAGAUAUUUAUUUGCUCUUUUCUCAUAUGAGUUGAGGUUUUUUGUGUACUCAGUAUUUUUCAGGAUAGAUGGUACUGUACUAUGAUGUUCCUUGUCAUACAGUGAAAGUUGUGUGAAGAUUAUAAUUUAGGCUUCAAGGUAAAGUUUUUUUUUUUAUUAUUAUUUUUCAUUUAGGCUUGAAUGUCAGGUUGUGGAAUCUUGUAAUUAAGAGAAGGAAUGCUUCAUUGUUGUGGUUGGAAAUCUCAAAGGCUAUUGUCCUACUUAAAUUUUCAUUAUGAUAGAUCCCCUUAAAAAAUAAGGGUUUUCAUUUUCUGAAGGUUUGGCUUUAUUUUGGCAUGUCCCUUACUGCUACUUGUACUUAAAAGAAAGUCCUUUAUACUUUUGUAUUCCCUUGUAAGUUUAGGUUAUGACUGUAUCUGGCAUACAGUACUUUUGUAUUUAUGAAUUUGUAUAUUUGCAAGAUUAUUUUAGGUUUUCUUUGUGCACAUAUAUUAAUGUUGUGAAUUAUUUGAGGUUUCCAUCACAUGACAAAAUUGGAGUAAUACUGAUGUAUUUACAGACAUAAUCAGGAAAGUCUUGGAAGUUUUUUAUGCAUUUUAAAUUUAUAGUUUUAAAAUUUUUUUUAAUAAAUUGAUCACCUGACAGUAUUGUUAACAAAAACAAAUUUUUUUUAACAUGUAGACAUUGGAUGAUAGAGAUGGGUUUAUUCUGUGUGCACUUACCAUAAUUAUUUUUUGGGGUUUAGCACACAAAUUGCAAGAUGGUGUGACUUUUAUCAUAAAAUAAAAAGUUAAACAUA